AUGGCUCCCUCCGCAGUCGAAACUCAGGAUCUCAACCUGACAGCCGCAGCAAUCCACAAAAAAGAACUCUCCCAACCUACCAUCUCCGGCCCUCCCACCACCCAAGCUCCCCUCGACGCUUCAAAGCUUACCUACACAUACACCCAAUCCCCCCGCUCCGUCCCCGAUGAAUCAACCGCCCACGCUGGCGACGAGACCAUCGCCACAGACCACAUGGUCCUCGCUUCCUGGAAGGCUUCUACAGGCUGGCAAACUCCUGAACUCAAGCCCUACGGUCCUCUGAGUCUCAUGCCCACUGCUUCCGUUCUGCACUAUGCUACUGAGUGCUUUGAGGGUCUUAAGUGUUAUAGAGGCUAUGAUGGCAAGCUCAGAAUCUUCAGACCUGAUCGUAAUGCCGCUAGACUUCGCAUGUCUGCUACUAGAAUCUCUCUGCCCGGCUUUGAACCCGCUGAGAUUGAGAAGCUCAUGAUUGCUCUGCUGUCUGUUGAUGGACAGAAGUGGCUCCCCGCUGAUCGCGCAGGAAGCUUCCUGUACAUCCGUCCCACAGUUAUUGGUACAGCUCCCCAACUCGGCGUCCAAGCUCCCAAGGAAGCCCUCCUCUACAUCAUCGUAACCUUCAUGCCCCGCAUGGACGCUCCUCCCGGCGGUAUGCGUCUGCACACAUCCCCCGACGACAUGGUCCGCGCCUGGGUCGGCGGCUUCGGCUACGCCAAAGUCGGCGCCAACUACGGCCCCUCCCUCCUCGCAACAGCCGAUGCCAAGACCCGUGGAUACCAUCAGAUUCUCUGGCUGUACGGUACUCAGGGUGAGUGCACCGAGGCUGGCGCGAGUAACUUUUUCGUCGUGUGGAAGCGAAAGGAUGGAAAGAAGGAGAUCAUCACGGCUCCUCUUGACGAUAAGCUUAUUCUGGAUGGUGUUACGCGCCGAAGUUGUCUUGAGAUAGCCAGGGAGCGUCUUGGUGAGGAGUAUGAGAUUACGGAGCGAAAGUAUACUAUCGCCGAGGUCAUGGAGGCUGAUGCUGAGGGACGACUGAUGGAGUCUUUCGCUGCUGGCACUGCCUACUUUAUCUGCCCUAUCUCUCAGAUCCACCACCGUGGAAAGGACAUCAACAUCCCCAUGGGCGCCGAGGGCGAGGCUGGUGAGGUUACUGGCAAGCUCAAGGGCUGGUUGGGCGAUAUCAUGUACGGUCGCACCGAGCACCCCUGGGGCGUUGUCAUCCCCGAGAAGACACAGUAA